UAUAGUUCUUAUCAAUUUUACAAAACAAAUUAAUAAGUUCACGCAUUUAACAAUAAUAGAGGGCGCUGGAUUUAUGCAACCUAAUAUGUACAAUACUUAUCCAAUUUCAAAAAUUUGAAUUAUCUUAGCACAAUAAAACUGCGGUAUAAAUAAUUUUAUAUUACAUCAUUCUUUUACAUGCAAAGAUAAAAAUUUAAGAAACAAUGGCCUCGAGUGAUGUAGCAGGCGAAAGUACAGGAAAGAAAAAGAAAAUACUUAUAGAAGUCGAUGAAGACGAUCCAUGUUUAAAGAAAGAUGAAGAAGCACCUGUACCAAAAUUUCAAAUUUUUGUUCCCGGUGAAGAUCCGAGAUUUCAACAACAAAAUCAAACGAUACGCUGUUGGGUAAUGUAUACAGAUUUCUACCGAUGCGAACAUAUUUUAGGGGAGGGAGCAGAUGCGUGCACUUGGUUCAAACACGUCUUCACGUCAAUAUGUCCAAUGAAUUGGAUUCGUAAUUUCGACAGUCUAAGGGAAGGAAAUAAAUUACCCUGGCAUAAAUAUAGAACUCAGGGUAAAUUUCCUGGGAAAACAUACGGAGAAUAAAUUAUUACAUUUUUAAUGAACUUGGAAAAUAAAUAAACUCAUUAUUAGAAAAAAAUAUCAAUCUUUUAUUAUACAGGUACAAGAUUUUUUUAUGAGGUAACUUAUAUAGAAGUACGAAAUGAAUAUUUGUUGCAAUGCCCGACGUUGGCCUGUUGUACGGCUGUCUUCAACAAUCGGUCAACAAUUUCUUCUUUUACUUUUAUAUUAACCACACUAAUUACUUACAGUUUAUAUAUGACACUUUAUAUACAUAUGUAAAAAAUAAACACUUGCAGAAAUUCUUCUUUAAACUUUCGUUAGAAUAGAAGCUU